AUGCCUUACUACGAGCAAGAUACCUUCGCGGCCACCACAGUUGAUGGGGUGCAGCUACACACCAACGAUGGCCUCCUAGCGCCUUCCGAUGUUGCUCCACUGAGGGCUUCGUAUCCCACCGAGCCCUUGAAGGAGCUCUACGACCGCUACCUGACCGACGGAUACGUGUUCCUCAAAGGCCUCCUACCACGCCAGGAUGUCCUCGAUGCACGUGAAGCCUACUUUAAAUCUCUCGAGCCCACUGGCAUCUUGGAACCCGGCACCACCGCGGUAGAAGGUCGAUUUAAUUCGUCAGCCGUCAUGGCAGACUACCCAGGCAUUGGCGCAGCCGCGCUGGAAGUGCAACCCGGCAGCAACAAUAAGGCCGCUAUUUUUGUCGAAGCAGCCAUCAAGGCGCACACGGAGCCGUGGUACUGCGGCUCAGAGAAGGAGGGCAUCAUCGGUCUAUGCAACCAUCCGGCAAUACGCGAGUUCGUGGCUAAGAUGACAGGAUGGGGCCACGAUACUCUGACUGUGAGACGCACCUUACUUCGCAAUAAUACUCCCGGCAACAAGGCCAUAGGCGUGCACUAUGACCAGACCUUUAUGAGAUACGACGAGCCUACAGCUGUGACAGCCUGGAUUCCUAUAGGCGACAUCAGCGUCGAAGGUGGUGGCUUGAUCUACCUCGAAGGCGGUGACAAAAUCGGCCAGAGAAUUGAGGAGGACUUCACCCUCAAGGCUAAGGAGGCUGGAAUGGGCGAUCAAGAGAUGCGGAGUGCGUUUAACGCGAACAUGAUGAAGUCUGGCUUCUUGUCAGAGUCGCCGCGAGAAUUCUCCAGGGCACAUGGAACCAAGUGGUUUGUGACAGCCUACAAGGCCGGGGAUGUGGUCCUACAUUGCUCACACAUGAUUCAUGCGUCUACCGUCAACCACGACCCGCAGGGUAGUAUUCGUUUGGGAACAGACCUUCGAUACGUCAACGGUUCUCGGCCAUGGGAUAAGCGCUGGGACAAGGAUUUUGAGCUCAGCGAUGGAUUGUAG